CUCCACCUCUCUCUCUCUCUCUCUCUCUCUCUCUCUCUAGUCAUUUUCCUUCCAACCAAACAGUCCAAAAUUUUCCCAUAAAAUUCCAAAAAAUGGACUCGACGCCAAUUAACUGGGAAGCCCUAGACGCUAUCGUCAUCGAUUUUCGUCAAAUCGGAGAAGCUAAUCAAAGACGACGACUCCGCCUUUACGACGUCGCCUUCCCCUUCCUCUUCCUCUUCCCCCUCCUCUAUCUCCUCGUCGUCGUACCACUCGAGAUUGAUCAUUCGUCAGAUCAUGCGAACGCAGGAACCCUCGUCUUUCUCCCUCUCCUUCUCAUCUCUACAACUCGGCGAACACAGGAACCCUCUGGCGAGUUCCUUCAAUUUCUCCAGUUAGGUUUUUGGGAUGAAAUCGACUCGGGAAUAUCUCCGGUGAGGCUGUGGGUGUCGAUGAACUUUCCGAACACCUCCGGCCGUUUCACGGCAAACAGACGUUAUAAAAACGUUCAUCUCGUCUUCUAUUUCAUUUUCAUACCUAGAUUGGAGUCUAGGGGGUUGUUUUACAAUCGACCGGAGCUGUAGAAGCUUCGACGUUCGUCUCCGACUUGCACAGUUUCGAAAUUUCGCGAUAAUAUCGAUAAUAUAGCGAUAUUAUCGAUAUUAUCGCGAAAUUUUGACGAAAACCCCUUGGAUACCACUUAAAAUAUCGGUUUGGGGAAAAACCGAUAAUAUCAACGAUAUAUCGCCGAUAUUAUCGAUAUUUUCUUCCUUGGAUUCAACCACCACAUGAGUCAGAUUCAAAUAGAGACCCAACUCACAACCAGCCUGCAAAGCCAAAGCUUCCGCACAUCAUAGAAUGAAUUAGAACAAGAACGAGAAUCCCUUUUUCUCUAUUUGUCAAUUAAUUGUUAAUCUUUUUUAUUCGAUGACAGGUUGCACAUGGCAUAUAAAUUUUCUCAUCUACCAAACAUCAAUAUUUAAGA